AUGUGCAUACUUAAAGCAUUUGAAGUGCUCGAGCAACGAUUCAAGUGUCCACAAUGGACAUUUAGAAAGAGGAAACGGCCUUUCAUUAGAUCCCGACCCGCUUCAUUUAAACGAUAAUCCAAAGUUGAUGGGAUUGAUAAAGCUUUGAGGUCAAAAUUGAACAGGCAACUAUUGUGUAUUAAUGGAUUAUUACAACAUUUCAGUUUGAAUUAGAAACUUUAACUCAUUCAUAAAAAUUCAUUAGGAACACAUUUCAUGCACUGAUAUCCGCCAGAGCGCAUGCGCGAAGUAAAGCAGUGUUUGUCUUGAUGCGUCUUAGAUGUCAAUCACAAAGCGUGGGCCAAUCAGCGAACAGCUGAAGAAAGUUAGCCUACUUAUGUGAGUGGACGAAGCGUGAGUUACAAACAAGUGUGAAAGCAACCCAGUGCGAUCACACCACGAGGCCAGAGCUAGAAAACCAGAGUCCAGAAGCAAAUAUCCCCCGCAGGGAACAACCGGACUAUGACAGAGACGGCAAUAUCAAGCGGAUUCAUCAGUGAAGCUUUCAGUAAACAACAAGCCUUCAGAUUUGCGGACGUUUCAGCACAUCUUCCACAAUACAGGGACUACACAAACGCUUUCUUACCACCCCCGGCACAUACCAAAGUCGAGCCUGCCGAGAGUAUGUUGAACCCAUUCAUGGAUACUGGGGCAACUCACCUGCCCCCGGGCGCCUUGAAGCUGAGCCCACCACAUCACAUGAGCGAGAGCACCCCACAGAUGAACCAGUACCAGGGGAGCAACCCGAAUAUCUAUGCUACCGUACCACAUUCUACACACAGCUCCAGUGGCUACUCCGCUAUGGGAGUAGGGGGAUAUAGCGCUAGGGAUUUCUUACUGAGACGUCCGGAUAUGACGUCAGCCACUACCCCCGAAAGUCUUUACCCCUCGAGUCAUGCCAGCAUGCACGGUCACCAUACCGACCCAGCGGCAUCUCACGCUCUCUUCCCAGGUCUACACGAUCACCAACAACAUAUGAACGGCCAGAUGAGGCUAGGACUUGCCCCAGACAAUCAAUAUAAUAAUAUCGCCAGCUCAAGAAGUACAGACUAUUAUGGGUCACAACAUUUAGGACUAAAUCACAUGAAUGCUAUGGGUCACAUGAACCAUAUGAACACUGGUUAUGGGCCUGGAAUGGGAGGUGUGGGACCCGGUGCGUUUUUCAGGUACAUGAGACAUCCGAUCAAACAAGAACACACAUGUCUAUGGAUUGAGAAAGAUGCUCCAGAACCUAAGAAACCUUGUAACAAAACAUUUACCACGAUGCAUGAAAUAGUAACGCAUCUAACAGUUGAGCACGUUGGAGGGCCCGAACAGACUGAUCAUGCCUGUUACUGGAAGGAAUGCCCAAGGGACGGGCGACCCUUCAAAGCUAAAUACAAACUGGUGAAUCACAUUAGAGUCCAUACAGGCGAGAAACCCUUCCCCUGCCCCUUCCCCGGAUGUGGCAAAGUGUUCGCCAGGAGUGAGAAUCUCAAAAUUCACAAGAGAACUCAUACAGGAGAGAAACCCUUUAAGUGUGAAUUCGACGGAUGUGACCGAAGAUUCGCGAAUAGUUCUGAUCGCAAGAAGCAUUCGCAUGUACACACCUCCGACAAACCAUACAACUGCAAAGUGAGGGGCUGUGAUAAAAGUUACACGCACCCAAGCUCACUAAGGAAACACAUGAAAGUCCAUUGUAAGAGCGGAGAAAUCAGCGAGAUGGAAUUAAAUGGACUUGACGACAUUUCCACAUUGUCCACGACAAUCCCGGGAAGUCCUACGUCACCCGAAAGUACAUCACCGUCUCUACAAUCUCCAAAUAGCUCGACCAGUUCAAUCGUUGUCUCGCAACAAUCACGCUCCAAUACCACCCCUGGUUUGAGUAGUCCACCCCCUGCUUUAAUAUCUUCUCAAGUCACGUCCCCAAAUAUGGCGUCACCGCCUACGUCACACCCGACGUCAACUGUCGGCACUGCUCAAACUACAGCGGCGACGUCUCACGCCAGUCAGACGGCGAAUCUUAGUGAGUGGUAUGUGUGCCAGAGUACAACAGGAAUGCCUACCCCUCCUAGCAAUGAACACUCUCCAAUCAGUAGUGCAGGGAAUUCAGCAAUAGGCCAUUCUACAAUCGGACAUUCUUCACUAGGACAUUCUUCAUUAGGACAGUCUUCACUUGGACAAUCUGUCUCCCAUUCUAUUUCACAUCCGAUAAGUCACAUAUCUCAUCCAGUGUCACAUAUCUCUCACCCCAUAUCACAAGUGCCCUCAGUUCACCAUGGCCAUCAUCCGCACGCAGCCGUGGCGCAAUACUGACGCUAAGCCAGGUGCCGCCUUCAUACUUAUACUAAAAAUAUCGCCAUGUACAGUUUCAAAAGAAUAGCUAGCCAUGACAACGUUGUACGCCAGAUUAUUGUGUACACGUGGUUAAAUUGUGUGCUCACGUCAUUAUUUUUGUGCUCACGUCACACGCAGAAGACUGAGUCAAAGUCUUGCUCAAGGUUCUCUAGAGAUUUUCUAGUAUACUCUUCUAUGUAAAAAAUACAUAAUUUGAGUUUGUUACAUUUAGAUAGGACGAUCAUAUCUAUUUUAAAAUGUACAUAGUUUUUAACGUAAUGUAUAAGACGACAGAUUUAUUUAUUUUAUGCUAAUUCUUGCCUUUAUGUCACGCAUGAUAAGAGAUAAGCUUACAAGGUGCCCGAACCAAGGAAUGUCUAAUUUGCCCAACAAACAUUUGCAAUUUUAGUAUUAAUUUGGUGCUUACAUAUUUUUUUAGUUUAGUUUGCGAUUGCAAAUCACUGAGUUGACUGCAGGUUACAUCCUUGUAUAAUGUUGUAUUUCCACUAUACAGUUUAAAGUAAUACCUAGUUCAAAAUUAUUUUAGUUCUUAAAUGUUCUCAUGCAUUUGUGUCCAUUGAGAAAAGUUAUAUGAAAUAUCUACAUAUAUAAAAAUUUAACAAAUAAUCUCCCUGAGAUUAUAAGAAUAGUAAAUAACAUGAAUAGGUACCACUGUUUCUGAGAUGAUUAUAUUGCACGUUGAUACUAACAUAUACCAACCAACCAUGACAUUUGCACGUUAUAUUCAUAUAAUAUAGUACGACCUAUAUAAAAUAAGAUAACAAAUAGUAAAAGACGGUGGGUAACCGGUGCCGAUUAUUUAUGUAGCUUAUGAUUACAAAGAAUGUUGUUUCCAUGUAGUUGAAAUGUGCAAUACAUUAGUCAAAACUCUACAAAAUCAAUUACAAUAUGUUCGUUUUUAAAGUUACUGUAAAGUUACACAUUAUUGUUGGUCAACAAACAGAUCAAGCAAAUAGUACCGUUAUAUUGUAAACAACCGCAAGUUAUAAAAACAUUAUGUGGUUAAAUAUUGUAUCGUUGAGUAAAAUAGACUUUUGUUUCAUUGUAAAUAGAAUCAUUCGAUAAUAUAUUUAA